UUAAAGUUGCGUAUUGCUUUUGAAAAUCUCUAUUGGAGGACCGGUUUCAGAAGGUGAAAUAAAGGAAUUCCCUGAAACUGGAACACAACAUCCAUGAGACUGCUCAUCUUGACACACAAAGGUUACAUCUUUGAUCAGGACUUGUCCUUUAACUCUCACAUGAAGCAAAUCUCAAGGACUGCAUUGUUUCAUCUACGUAACAUUUUAAAAAAUUGGGCACAUCUGGUCUCAAAAAGAUGCCGAAACACUGUUUCACGCGUUACUUCUAGACUAGAUUACCUCAACUCCUUAUUAUCAGGCUGCUCUAAUAAGUCUCUUAGGUCCCUCCAGUUGAUCCAGAACGCUGCAGCUCGUGUUCUCACUAAAACCUAUGAAUAAGCCUAUGUUGCAAAUACAAAAAUGCAAAAUAUACUUUGCCCAAAUGUCUUAACACGUAAAAGACACAAUGUUGGUGGACAAAUGAUUGCUACAAACGGUUAUUAUUUUAAAGUGUUCGGCAGUCAAACUGUAUGCUGUCUCACUUCAGUGGCAAUCUAAAACGUUGUUGAAAAGCGGGAGCAUUUACAAAGUCAACAUGGAGCCUCAGCUUUAUGCACGACUCAUCAUGACGUUACUUUUCUGACUUUGUUUAGAGUCAAUUGUUCUUGUUGCUGCUGUACAUUGGCACAGAACAAUAACCUAGUGCUGUUUAACAUUUUGAAUAAAAGUGAUUGGAUGUUUGAAAAAUGCAGAUUAUCCAUAUUUAAGUCCUUUUGCGACCGAGAGAAAACCUCAAUCAAACCGUACCUGGCACAGUCUCAACAAAAACAUACUAUGUAACAUUUUAUAAAGCAAUACAUUAUACAAAUGACAUUGCUUUUUUGUGUGUCUACUCUAUUUUAUUGCACAGAAGUCUAAAGAAUUUAUCCACAAAAUGCAAUCAAUGGCAGGAGAGUGUCUCAUGUCUUUCCUGUUCAGACUGCAGCACACGCCGUGGUUUUAAAUGUGCAGCAAGUGGCUGGAUACUUUUUCUGUUUAAUAUAUAACACAUUAUGUUCGUGGUGUUACUGGUUGUCUUUUAACUUUACAGUUAGUGUGGUAUAGCCCAAAAUCACAGAUUACAAACUUCCCUCAGAGGGCUUUACAAUCUGUACACAUACGACAUCCCUGAGCUUUAACCUCACAUCGGAUCAGGAACAACUCCCCAAAAAAUAAAAAUAAACCUUUCAGGGGGAAAAAGGGUAAGAAACCUUCAGGAGAGCAACAGAAGAGAAUCAUAUCAUAAAAAGAAAAGAAAAACUGAAGAAGAGAACAAUUCAUUUCCUGACGUUUUUAUUGUUUCCACACUGGGCAUGUGGCUAUAAAAUAUAUGUACUUCGACUUGUAUCUAUUCAUGUUUUAUUACUUUAUAAUGUUGUAUCAGGGUGGGUUUGUAUAUAACAUCUGAAACAUUAAUUAAUUAUUGUCUACAACUCUCGCCCUCUCUCCAAACAAAUAAGCAACAACUGGUAAAUCAACUGGGCAACAUUGCUAUUAAGUGUCAUCUCAGCCAUCUUACACAGAUAUAUUUACAGCGGGGCCCUGAUUGACAUUAUUAUGAGAGAUAUCUCUUGGGAAAUGCAGUAUUGUUCUAUCACCAUGUUGCAAACGUUUUUAAAUGUUCCUUGUAAUUAAAUUUUGUCAGGAAGUUGAUGAACCUAAUAUUGUGUUACAAUACACUUUGACAUUUAUUUUGUAUUCCAUAUGUAACUUGGAUUUAGAUCCAUUGAAUCUUGGUUUUCAUAUGACAUUUAAGACAAUAUCACAUCAUCUUUAUUACGUCCCCUAUGUGAUUUAAUGUUUUUUUUCUUCAAGUUAACGGUUAAGGGGGUUGUUUUUAUAGGCACUCUACAAAGAAUACCUUGUAUCUACAGGGUGUGCCUGUCUUUGAGGACAGCAAGCAUCCUCCCUGCUUACGCUCAUUGUAGCAUGAUGAUGCUGCAUAGCAGCGCUGCCCAAUAAAGUUUAAAGAGGCUAAAGGGCAGGAACAGUUUGAACCCUGCUGCAAUGACAUUUCAUAAUUCAGAAUGAUUCUCUUUUUAUAAGCAUGUGCUUCUGAACCCGACCCCAUAAAAACAUCAAAUAUUGGUUAAUUUUUUAUUUAUUCUUUCAGCUGAUUUUCCCCUCCCAAUUGAAUUUGGCUGUUGCGGGUCAGGCAUAAAGGGCCGUCAGCUGGACGGUUGUUGUCACUGUCGCCAUUAUCUUUUUGGAUAUCGGAGGAGGAGAAACUGGAGUACAGUCUCGUGGAAUCUAAGAAUUACCAGCUCUCAUCUAGUCUUCACUUUUCAAAUUAGGAGCCACUGCUUCUUCUUCUCCGAUGACAUUGUCCACAAUGUCCACAUUCAUGGCCACGGCCGCGGUCUCCAAUAGCUGCGAGCCUUUUUCCACCGUGUGUUCGGGCACAAACUGCCUCGUUCCUUCCAGUAACUUCAAUGACAUGCUGAGCUUGGUGUUGAGCAUAGUGCUCACGGUGAUGCUCGCCAUGGUCAUGUUCUCCAUGGGCUGCACCGUGGAUGCCCAAAAGCUUUGGGGCCACAUCAGAAGACCUUGGGGCAUCGUCAUCGGCUUCCUGUGCCAGUUCGGCAUCAUGCCUUUCACAGCCUUCGCCUUAUCGCUGGCCUUCGGCGUGCUGCCUUUGCAAGCUGUCGUCAUCAUCAUCAUGGGCUGCUGUCCCGGAGGCUCCGGCUCCAACAUUAUCUGCUACUGGCUGGAUGGAGACAUGGACUUAAGUGUCAGCAUGACUGCUUGUUCCUCUAUCCUGGCCCUGGGGAUGAUGCCUCUAUGCCUGCUCAUUUAUACCUCUGCAUGGACCUCUACCGGCACCAUCCAGAUCCCAUAUGACAGUAUCGGUAUCACUCUGGUGGCCCUUCUUAUCCCAAUUGGUUUGGGAAUAUAUGUUAAACGCAGGUGGCCCCACUGGGCAAAAAAGAUCCUCAAGGUAGGAUCCAUUGGCGGAUUUGCUCUUAUUCUCAUCAUAGCUGUGGUUGGAGGAAUUCUGUACCAGUCCUCCUGGAACAUUGCACCCUCUCUAUGGAUUAUUGGAACCAUCUACCCCUUUAUUGGUUUUGGCCUGGGGUUUCUCUUGGCCCGCUUCACAGGUCAACCCUGGAACAGAUGUCGAACCAUAGCAUUGGAGACAGGUUUCCAGAACUCCCAGCUGUGCAGCACUAUUGUCCAGCUGUCCUUCAGCCCUGCUGAGUUGGAGGUCAUGUUUGCGUUCCCCCUCAUCUACAGCAUCUUCCAGCUGGUGGUGGCAGUCAUGUCUGUGGGAGCCUACCAGGUUUAUAAAAGGUCAUGGGGCCGUGGCUCAGGUGAUGCAGGCAUGGAGGCUCCGUCCCUGGAAGCUGGUGACGGUGAAUCAGAAACAAAGAAGGGACACGGUGUGGAGAACAGCCACUUCGAGUUUGCCGACAAUGCCAACGAGAAGUGUAGGGAGGACAGAAAGAUCACUCAGCUGUGAGAUGUGAGAAUGAAAAUUACAGACUUUCAGAAUGAACAUCCACGGCCCUGGCACCACCGCAGAGCCAUAAGUCCACAGUGUGAACACACACUGCACUCUGCAGGCCGGAGGUGUGCACUACACGUCCUGUUCCAAUCUACUUUUAGAAACUUUAGACCAAAUGUCCUCCCAAGUAUUACCAACAAUUAAAUAACUGGCAAACCGUGUUAUAUUAUGUUGAAGGCCCUCCUUUUUCUUAAUUUAUUAAUAUAUAAUUUGAAUAGACUUUCACACUGAGAAAGCCUUUACAGCAAUCAACAUAUUUCCUGAUUACUUCUAAAUAGGUCUUAUAAAUAAUUCUGACUAAAUACGUAAUGCUGUUUAUGUGGAUUACCACAUGUCCAUAAGUAGAUAUGUAGUUUAUGCUGAACGGUGGAAUACACAAAACCAAUAUAUCAUGUGUAUUCACAUUCAACAUGUAUCUGAUGAGACACAGAGACACAAUGCUCUCACGUUUUUCAAAGAGGUUCAUGUAUUCUCUGUUAUCCUUAUUCUCUAUUAUGAUGUAGCAGGUGACAUCAGGGCUUUCCACAGACUUGGGCCCUGAUACAAACUUUGUGUUAUGUGUUCGUUGCUCUUUCAGUUCCUCGCAGUUCGUCUACGCUUCACUUAUGAAGCACAGCUCGUUCUUGGCAUUUUUAUAAAUAUGUAACCCUAUGUAUUGUUUUGCACAUCUAUUUAUGAAACAUAUUCACAGCUAAUGUAUUUGUCCUCUGUAAUGUGCAAAUGUAAAAAAAAUCUGAAUUUUGUGAAAGUACAUUACGAAACAUUGCAUCAGAGAUUUUGGGGUGUGGUGAUGGAUAACAAAAUCAUAUUGUACAUUUUAAAACAGAGGCUUUUUAUUUUUUUGACGAACCAAAGUAUGUGUUAGAUUACAAGGCAACACAUAUGAGCACUACAAAGGUCCAGAGCAGAGAUAAUUAUUAUAAUGCAACAGGACAAUUGAAAAUAACCCUAAGCCUAAUACAUUAUUAGUAAUGUACAAGACACAAUUAUCACCAGAUACUGGUCUUUAUACAUUUGAUUCAGUCCUUAUUUUUUGGUGUAAAUAAACUGAACAAAUAAAUAAAUAAAAAAUGCAA